GCUGAGGUACCGGGUCCGGCGGCGGGAGAUGUGGGAGCGGGGCCUGGUGGUGUCGGCGCCGGGGAAGGCGAUCCUGCACGGGGAGCACGCCGUGGUGCACGGCAAGGUGGCCUUGGCCGUGGCGCUGGACCUGAGGACGUUCCUCCGGCUGCGGCCCUGCGGAGAGCGCGGGCUCUGCGUCCGCCUGCCCGGGCUCGGCGUCGUGAGGAGCUGGGACGCCCCCAGCCUCCAGGCCCUGCGGAGGGGCCUUGCAGCUGACUUUGAUGAAUCAAAGCCCCCCAGUGCAGAGCAGCUGGAUACACUGAAAGAGUUUGCUGGAAUUGCUGCCGGAGCCUCGGCUCCCGAGAGCCUUGCCAUUCUUGCCUUCCUUUACAUGUACCUGGCUAUUUCAGCUAAGCAUGGAGAUGUUCCCAGUGUGGACAUACUGGUGUGGUCGCAGCUGCCCACAGGAGCUGGGCUGGGUUCCAGUGCUGCCUACGCCGUCUGCUUGGCCGCGGCCCUGCUCACUGUGUGUGGAGCCAUCUCCUGCCCUCUGAAGGAGGGAGAGCCCACGGCCAGGUGGACAGAAGAAGAGCUGGCUUUGAUUAACCACUGGGCCUUCCAAGGGGAGCGGGUGAUCCAUGGCAACCCCUCGGGGGUGGAUAAUGCUGUUGGUACCUGGGGUGGAGCCCUGAGAUACCAAUCAGGGAAAAUCACACCAUUAAAGAGGGUGCCGCUGCUGAAGAUCUUGCUGACCAACACAAAAGUCCCUCGAAGCACCAAGGUCCUGGUGGCUGGUGUCAAGGAGAAGAUCCUGAAGUUCCCUGCUGUAAUGAACCCGGUGCUGGACUCCAUCGAUGCAAUUUCUCAGGAGUGCCAAAGUGUUCUGGAAGCGAUGCCUGCAAAUCCAUCACCAGAGCAUUACCCUGUGCUGGAGGAACUCUUUGACAUAAACCAACACCACUUAAACGUGAUGGGGGCCGGCCAUCCAUCCCUGGACCGCCUGUGCCGGGUGACAGCAUCCCAUGGGCUGCACAGCAAGCUGACCGGGGCUGGUGGCGGUGGCUGUGGCAUCACCCUGCUGAGACCAGACACCUCCCCGCUGGCCGUGGAAGCAGCCAAGCAAGACCUGUGUGCCUGUGGAUUUGAAUGCUGGGAGACCAGUAUCGGGGCCCCCGGGGUGACCCUGCACUCCUCCUCCUCUUUAAGCACCCAAGUGCUGCACGCACUCACUGAGAGUUAAGCUGCUGCCUCUGGCAAGACUUGAGCUCCUGGCACCCUGUCCUGGGAGCUCCGUGUGCCCCAGUGCCUGGAACCUUCUCUACUGUGGGGCUGAGGGCCUCUAGAUGCAGGUGUGGGGCCUGAUGCUGCUGGGAAUGGGGGCUGCCAUAAGGACCCAGGAGCAGCAGGGUGUGAGUUUGACCCAGGCUCUCCAAGUUCUGUUUUGAAUCGCCUUGCUCCACUGCUGUGCUCAUCCCAAGGGGCAGGAGGAGAGGGGCUUGGCUGGGAUGCAGCAGGGAUAGUGACCCUUUGCUUGGUUCUGCUGCUUCAGAUGCAUGUGGUGCCUCUUCCCUUCUCCCCUGGCGUCGGGCAGUGGAGGUUGGCAAGGUGGAUGUGCAGGGGGCUUUGACAUUUUGGGGUGAAAAGCGUCUUGGCAGCUCAGGGCUUGACACUGGUGUCUCCGUUUCUCCCGGACCGCAGCCUCCAGUGAAGAGGAAACCUUUAAAUCCAGCUCUUCCCUGCUACUCGUCAGGAGCUGGAUAAUUAAAAGGGAAGAUGCGGCUCAUUUCUAA